AUGUCCGACCCAGUAGCCGAGCCUGGCGCGCCAUCCAGCGGCGUGACCGAGCUCCCCCCGGCGCAGGAGAAGAGCAUCGCGACAGAGACGAAGAAGAGAGCACCAACACUCGCCCGCCUCGCAGCAACCCCCGACCGCGUCAUCCUGCGUCUGAACAAACUCCUCGCCUCCCCCGGCGGCCUCAGCGCCUUCCUAAGCACCUUCAACUACACCCUCUACCUGCUGGCCUACCUCGAGACGAAGUCCACUCCCCUGCGCAUCAGGCUGUAUCAGCUCCUCAACCGCACUUCCUCCGUCCCGGCCUUAAACACCGAACCCUCCCACAUCGCCGCCCUCGGCAGCUUGUUGAGCAGCACACGCACCACCCUCCGUCUCUUCGGCUUAUUCCCCAUGUACGCCUGGUUGCGCCAGUUAUCGCAGGGACCCAAGCCGGGUCAAGAUCAGGUGUUGUAUGCGACUGCCGUCACGCAGGCGGUGUUGUAUACUACCUUUCAAUUUUUGGAGAAUGUGGCUGUCUUGACGGACCAUAAGAUCUUACCUGCUGCUUACACGGCGAGGUGGACUGCUGCGUCGGGGGGGAAGACUGCUAAGAUAUACCUUUGGAGUUACCGGGCGUGGAUGGGUGGGGUGUUGUGUGAUUUCGUGAGGUUGUUCCGGGAAGCGCAGUUGGAGCGGGUGAAGCGGAGUCAGCGCGCUCAGAGUCAGGGUGGCAGUGAGGUUAGUGUGAAGGAGGAUGAGGAGGUGGAUCGGAAGUGGUACGCUCAGAUGGUUGUCCCGUUGAGUUGGUUGCCGGUUGCUGCGCAGUUUAGUCUGGAGAGUGGCAUUCCGGGGUUCAAUCUGGGCAUUAUGGGGGCUUGUGGUGCGUUGGCCGGGUUGGGGAGGACGGCGGAUUUGUGGGCUUCGACGGCUGAGUGA